ACCCGGCCCCUUCCCGGCCGCGCCGCCAUCAUCUCCCCGCGCCCCGUGGCGGCCAUUGGAGCCGCCCGCCUCGUAUCCAGGGAGCCGGCGGCAGGAAGAAGCCCAGCCCGCCGCCAUGGAGAGCCCCGGCGGCGUCACCGACAAGAAGAGGAUUAGCUCAGAACGCAGAAAAGAGAAGUCAAGAGAUGCAGCCCGGUGCCGAAGGAGCAAGGAAUCGGAAGUAUUCUACGAGCUUGCCCAUCAGCUGCCUCUGCCCCACACCGUGAGCGCACACCUGGACAAGGCAUCCAUUAUGAGACUGACCAUCAGCUACUUGCGUAUGAGAAAGCUGCUAGAUGCUGGUGAGCUGGAGACAGAGGCCAAAAUGGAGAAGGAACUGAACUGUUUCUACUUGAAAGCUCUUGAUGGAUUUGUCAUGGUUCUAUCCGAAGAUGGGGACAUGAUUUACAUGUCUGAAAACGUGAACAAGUGUAUGGGACUCACUCAGUUUGAGUUGACGGGGCACAGUGUAUUUGAUUUCACUCAUCCAUGUGACCAUGAAGAGCUGAGAGAAAUGCUUACACACAGAAAUGGUCCUGUGAAAAAGGGCAAAGAGCAAAACACGGAGCGCAGCUUUUUUCUCAGAAUGAAGUGUACACUGACUAGCAGGGGAAGAACAGUGAAUAUAAAGUCUGCUACGUGGAAGGUACUCCACUGCACUGGACACAUUCGUGUAUAUGACACAUGUGGUAAUCAAACUCACUGUGGCUACAAAAAGCCUCCCAUGACGUGUCUGGUGUUGAUCUGUGAACCUAUUCCUCAUCCAUCAAACAUUGAGGUCCCCUUGGACAGUAAAACGUUCCUCAGUCGUCACAGUCUUGAUAUGAAGUUUUCCUAUUGUGACGAAAGAAUUACAGAGUUGAUGGGGUAUGAGCCAGAGGAACUCCUGGGUCGCUCAAUCUAUGAGUACUAUCAUGCGUUGGAUUCUGAUCAUCUGACCAAAACACACCAUGACAUGUUCACAAAAGGGCAGGUGACAACAGGACAGUACAGAAUGCUUGCUAAACAAGGUGGCUAUGUCUGGGUUGAAACUCAAGCAACUGUUAUAUACAACACUAAGAAUUCUCAGCCACAGUGCAUAGUGUGUGUAAACUAUGUGUUGAGCGGAAUUGUUCAGAAGGACUUGAUUUUUUCCCUUGGACAAACUGAGUGUAUGCUGAAACCAGUGGAGUCUCCUGAUAUGAAAAUGACCAAAAUAUUCAGCAAAGAUGACCUGGAUGAUACCAACAGCUUAUUUGAAAAACUUAAACAGGAACCAGAUGCUUUAACUGUGCUGGCCCCAGCUGCUGGAGACACAAUUAUCUCUCUAGAUUUCAGCAGUAAUGAGUCUGAUGAACAACAAUGUGAUGAAGUUCCUUUGUAUAACGAUGUAAUGCUCCCCUCAUCCAGUGAGAAAUUGCAGAAUAUAAAUAUGGCAAUGUCCCCACUACCUGCCUCUGAAACUACAAAACCACUUCGUAGUAAUGCUGAUCCUGCACUCAAUAGAGAAGUUGUAUCAAAGCUGGAGCCAAACACAGAGCCACUCGAACUUUCUUUUACCAUGCCUCAGGUGCAAGAGCAACCAACCAGCCCUUCUGAUGCAAGUACCAGCCAAAGUUCACCUGAGCCCAGUAGUCCCAACGACUACUGCUUUGAUGUGGAUAAUGAUAUGGCUAAUGAAUUCAAGCUGGAAUUAGUGGAGAAACUCUUUGCAAUAGAUACAGAAGCAAAAAAUCCAUUCUCUACUCAGGAAACUGAUUUAGAUUUGGAGAUGUUGGCUCCUUACAUCCCAAUGGAUGAUGACUUCCAGCUGCGAUCCUUUGAUCAGCUAUCUCCACUGGAAAGCAGUUCUUCCGGCUCUCAAAAUGCAGCCACCAUUACCAUAUUUCAGCAGACUCAGACACCAUCAAGUAGUGCUGAUGAAAUAAAACCAGCGACAGAACGUGUGGAUGACGUGAAGACGCUAAUUGUUCCUUCGUCUCCUGUCCGCAUAAUCAAUGAAACGAGUAGUGCCCCACCGUCUCCCUACGGUGGAAACAGGAGUCGAACUGCAUCUCCAAUCAGAGCAGGAAAAGGAACAUUGGAUCAGACAGAAAAAUCUUGUCCAGGAUCGCCCAGUUUGCUAACAGUCACUCUGAAUAAAAGAUCUACUGCAAUGGAUGAAGAACUAAAUCCAAAGAUGCUAGCUUUGCAUAAUGCUCAGAGAAAACGAAAAAUGGAACAUGAUGGUUCACUUUUUCAGGCAGUUGGAAUUGGGUCUUUAUUCCAGCAGACAGGUGACCGUGGAGGAAAUACAUCACUUGCUUGGAAACGUGUAAAGGGAUGCAAAACAAAUGGUCACAAUGGAGUGGAGCAAAAGACAAUCAUUCUACUAUCAACUGACAUAGCAAGUAAACUUCUAGGGCAGUCGAUGGAUGAAAGUGGACUACCCCAACUCACGAGUUAUGAUUGCGAAGUAAACGCUCCCAUACAAGGCAACAGAAACCUGCUACAGGGUGAAGAACUGCUCAGAGCUCUGGAUCAAGUUAACUGAGCUUUCACAAUACUUGUUCCUUUUUUGGACACUGGUGAAUCAUCACCUAAAGCAGUCUAUUUAUAUUUUCUAUAUCUGAUUUUAGAAGCCUGGCUACAGUACUGCACUAAUUCAGUUAGUUCAGUUUUGAUCCCCUUUCUACUUAUUUUGACAGUCUUUUUAAUAUGUUCUUUAUGUAACAAUAACUCAAACUAUAGCACAUUUUUAUAAUUCUUUGGUACAUACACUUUUAAGUCCAUUACAUUUAAAACACACUUGCAAUAGCAGCUUUGAAAUAUGCACCUGAUUUUAAAAAAAUAUUUAUUUUUUGGCUGGGGAGUUGGUCACCAAAACUUAACAUUAGUAAAAUGUCAACACAGGAAAAACUGGCAAUACUUCCAUCCUGCUCUUCAUAGGUAGUUGGAAGACUUGUGCUCUCUUACUCUUUAUGUUCAAAUAGGUUUUUUAUUUUAAUAGUUUUUAUAAGAAACAACAAUGCUUUGCAGCAGUGCAUUGUAGCCACAAUCGCACAAUAUAUUUUCUUAAAAAAUACCAGCAGUUCCUCAUGCAAUAUAUUCUGCAUUUAUAAAAACUAGUUUUUAAGAAGAAUCUUCUUUUGUUUGCCUAUGAAAUGAUGUUUAAACCUGGAUUAUGUCAUUAUUUUAGUCACGUUGUAAUAUAAAUUGUUCUUAAAUGCUGUCUUAUGCUUUUGACUUAAAUGAGUGUGGUUAGUCAAAGGAAAGGCUUUAUCUGGGAAAGGGCUAGCAGCAUUUUAUUUGGAUACGUUCUCAAUUUAGAGAGAGUUUGAUGUUCUUAAAGUAGUCACUUUGCCAGCUUAAAAAAAAAAAAAAAAAUUCCCUGCCUGUAGUUGUGGAAGUUAAUGCUAAUAUUGUGUAUGAUCUUAAAUCUAAAUGUUCAGCUUACCCUGUGUGGUAUAGGUGAUAUUUCAAGCAGAUCGUAAAACAUCUUGCAUUGUUAGCAAAUUUUAUCUAGUACAUCACUGAGUUGCUCAAUAUUUUGAUGUUUUGGUUUUAUGCACCUUGUUGUGAUUAACAUCCAUAUGUUUUCAUGUAGAUUUCAGUAACUUGAAUAUAUUUAGAAGCCUUUUUAUUUAGAAAUAUAUAGUUGUCACAAACAUCUUAUUUUCCUAUAUGUACUGUACAAAACCUUCAUUCACUCAUUCUUUUGCUCUUUGUGGUUGGAUCUAACACUAACUGUAUUGUUUUCUUACAUCAAUAAACUAUAUGUGGACCAGGCCCCCUCGGGGAGUGUGUUAUCUGAGAGAAACGAGAUAAUUUAUAUUUUUGUUAGUGGUUAUUGUUCAUCCGUGUUCCCUUUUUAACUUAGAGUUGAUUGGAAAUCACUGCUUCCUUAUUUUGAUUGUAACAUGUCCACGUUAAUUAUUUGAGCCUAUUCAGUACUGAAGUCUCCUAGACAGUGUUGUACUACCGCUCGCCAAAGAUGUUAAACUUUUAAAUCUGUUACCACACCAGUUAGCAAACUUGAAAGUGAGGAGACGGUGUAUUUGUGUUACUUUAGAGUGGAAAGAUUCUUCCUUAUGAACAGCUUAAAGGCUUGUCUCUGGAAGCUUUAUCAAGGUAACGCUGGAAAGCAGGAAAAAGUAAAAUUCACAGGAGUGAUCAAUUAAAGAUGGAUUUUUAUCACAAAACCACAUGAUUAAAAAUUAAGCUGGUACUUGAUGAUAAAGCUUGUUCUACAUUCUUCUGCUGUUGACUCAGUAACUUUGACUAGGUGACUUUCCUCAUUUUGCUGUCAUAACACAUGAUGCUACUGAUACAACCUUGUAAUGUAUAAAUAUGGUCAAGAUAUUCUGUGCAUUCUUCAAACUACUUGAAAAAACCCCAAACCUCUCCAUGUAAGAAAUCAAAUGUGGACUGUCACAAGAAUUAUUUUGGUUUUAUUUUGGAAACUUUGGUUUCAUUGGACACUCUUGAGUCUUUUGAAAUCAAUAUAAUGGUACCUAAGCUUAACUUGUUUUCUAAAAUUACUGUUACUAUUUCACUGAAACAAGCACUUUUCGAACUGACACAACUGUAUUAAACUAAAUGGAUAUAUUAGCUACCAACUAAAAAAAAAGAUAAGGCACUGGUAGCAGAAGAUGGUUGCAUACUUCUUAAAGUUUGAGUAGAAGUUGCACAAAGAAAAAGGGAAAGCAUGUAGAUGCACUAAGCUAGAGUUGAAGCUUUCGUGCAGAGAACACUUUGAGUAUAUUCACCUGCUACUGAUAGUAAAGAUUUUUAAUGCAGUCUUUAAGUAUACAAAACUUAUAAAGCUCUCUAGAUAAAAGCAGCAGAGCUACUGCAUACCUGCUGUAUGGACGGCAUUCUUUCUGUGGCAUCUUUCUUGUGUCAGCAGUUAAGAGGUUUAAUAGUGAAGUUGCUAAAGGCUUAGGUAAAGCACCAGCUGUUAGGGGCAUCCCUUAUGCUUAGCUCUGCAUGGAUUGACAUGAUGCUUCUGUGAGGUAGCGAGGAGACUCUUGCAGACUUGUGAAAAGUACAAGUGGGUUCUGCUUUUCUUACUGCCCUGGCAAGCUUUGAGCUGGCCUGGUGGGUUAUCCCUUUCUAUCUCCCAAGAGAAACAUCAUACCAUCCUGCUUGAUGUUGUUCUGCUACUCUCUUGAACUUAUUUUGGAGGAGCCUGACCUGUUUGGAUCUGUCACUUCCUCUUCAGUGUACUUUAAGAGGGCAGUAAA